AUGACUAUUGGAUGCGCCUUCGCCAAGCUUUCUGAUGUCCGACCUUUCAAGACAACAUGGAAGGUCCGCGUUAAGGUGAUUCACUCCUGGAGGCAGUACAGCGGCAUGUCCGGCGAAACGAUGGAUCUGGUUCUCGCUGAUGAACAUGGUACUAAAAUGCAUGCUGGAAUUAAGAAGAAGGAUAUAGGCCGGUUAUCAAAGCUUCUGGUCGUUGGUGAAUGGAAAGUGUUGGAGAACUUUCAGGUAUCUCCUGCAACCGGGCUAUUUCGACCAACUCCAAGCAACUGGAAGAUUGGGUUGUCCAUGAACACAAUCGUUACCAUAUGCAGCAUCAAAGUGGACGACAUGUUCCUUUCGUUGGUACCUAUCCAGACGAUCCUAGAUGGUGAUUUGAAUCACAAUUUCUUGAUUGAUGUCAUUGGACAGGUUCUUGAUGUCAGUGAGAUCAAAACUGUUCCUGUACUUGGGAGAGAAAAGCGGAAGCUAGAGUGCGUGCUUAGGGACAUUAAUGAUCAGAGAAUCAACUGCUGUCUGUGGGCUGGAUACGCUGACCAACUGUACGAGGCAUGCAACUUGCCAGAUGACGGUGCGAUUGUUGUCAUCCAAGAGGAUGAUGAAGAGGCUGAGAAGCAAAGGAUGAAGGAGCAGGAAGAUGCGUGGCUGGCGUUGGAAAUGAAAUCUGUGUAUGAGAUUCAGAAUGCUACUGAGAUAGAGAAAUUCAGGAUUUCUGUCAAAGUGACUGGAAUUGAUACCGACUGGGGUUGGUAUUAUUUCGGAUGUGGAAAGUGCCAGUUCAGGGUCACCAAGGAUCUGAAGAAGGAAGGAGCCACAAAACCUCGCCCCAAAGCACCCGUGUGGUACUGUGACAGAUGCAAAUCAAAUGUCAAAACUGUUGAAGCAAAGUUCAAGUUGCACCUUCUGGUAGAGGAUGACUCGGCCAAAACAAAGGUUAUGCUUCUUGAUUCCGUUGCUUAUGGCAUCGUGGAUAAAACAGCUUCCUUCCUGCUAAACGGAUCAUACGAUGAGGUGCAUAAGGUCAAGAAAGGACUUCUCAUUCUCGACACGGAAUCUGGCGAUGGACCAUUCACUGCCAUUGAUAAUGGUUCGACCAUUGCAUAUGGCGAGGAGUUGUCAGUUGUCAAGAGUAACAGCCAAAGCAUUUCAGAUGAUGGUUCAACCCCAUCACCGAAGCAUGAUUUUGAAUCAAUGCAUGGUAUCCCAGCCGGCUCUUCCACUUCAAAGAAGCAUUGCCCCAAGAAACUUCCUACAGAGGCCAGUAGAGAGCUGGUCAAUCCGGAUGGACUACUUAGCCAGCAUCCCGAAGCAAAUAAGACCGAAGCUAAGCUCCACCAACUCACCGAGAAGUGA